UUCAGGGGAUUUGAGCUCACAUCCUUUCCGAGGGAAGGGAUAUUCACAGGGCCAUGCGCUCACUGUUGGCUCUGUGCUUGGCCUCGCUCCCGGGCCUGCUCUGGACUUCAUCACUGCUUGUGGAGAGGGAGAACAGCCAGUCAAACAUCUGUAAGGUCGCUCCGCACUGGGAGAUUGACGGCCGCGCUCCCAUGAACGAACUGUUGGGAAACGUGGUGGUGGUAGCACUGCUGAAAGCCAACUGAUAUUUCUGCCUCACGCAGGCUGCUAAGCUGGGAGGCCUGCGUCAUAAGCUGGUGAAGGGAAACCUGACCGGCGUUGCGUUUCUGAUCGUGAACGAACAGGACGCUCAUUCAAGAGCCGUGUACUGGGAGCUGAAGAGACGGACAGCAGAGGGCAUCCCCGUGUACCAGCAGAGCCCAUUGCAGCCCAACGUCUGGACCACGCUGCAGGGGGACAAGGACGACUUCUUAGUUUACGAUCGAUGCGGCCGUCUGACGUUUCACAUCGUUAUGCCAUUCAGUUUCCUGCACUACCCGUACGUUGAGGCAGCCAUCAGAGCCACGUACUUCCAAAACAUCUGUAACUGCAUGCUGGAUUCUAACUCUACUCAGCUAACUACCAGCAACGUGACCACUGGAAGAAGUUUAGAGCAGAACACGACUGCAACAGAAUCGUCUAACAACAACAAUCAUCACCACCAUGACCAUCACGAUCACAUUCACGUUCACCAUGACCACAGCCAGAAUCGUUCCUCUCAAAAUCCACUCAUCAUACAGACCACCAGGACCACGACGGUGGAGAAACACACUCACCAUGAAGAUGACGGUGGAGAAAGCCACUCAGAACAUGAACGUCCCGUAACCACACAAACGCACAGUUAAGCCUUUUUCAAAUCCAGGAUGUCAUACAGCAUGCCAUGGAACAGCUGAGACGUAUUUCAUUCUCUUUAUUUACUUUACUGUUGUACCAGAGCUACGAUGCGAAAUCAUCUCACUCGUACAAGCUGCAUGUUUAAAUUAUCACCAUCAUCGUUGUGGUUUGUUCAGCGCGUGGUUUCUGACGCACUUUGUCUAAAAACGUGGACGAUAUUACAAUCAUAGCUCCGUCCUGAAUCCAAACCAUAUCCUGUAUGAAAUUUGCUAAUACAAGUACGUAUUGUGAAAUAACGCGCCUCAUUUAUCACUCUGUAUACGAACAAGUUCAUUUCGUAAAUAAUUCGUAGCAGUAUUUACGCAAGGUAUGUUCACGAAUAUCUAAUUCGUUUGCAAAAAUCUUCCUAUCCAGU